AUGUACUCCUCGAACUUCUCCGAUGCAGCCAAAUCCCCGCCGUCGGCACCGGCUACCGGUAUUCCGGUGAGCUCGUCCUCCGAGUUUUAUUCGAAUGAGGCCCGGCCUUAUAUUCAAGCCAAGCCUCAGGUCCCUUGGUCCACGGGGCUCUGUGAUUGCGGUUCCGAUGUCCACAACUGUUGUGUUACGUUGUGGUGCCCGUGUAUUACUUUUGGGCAGGUCGCUGAGAUAGUUGACAAAGGAUCAAGCUCGUGCGGGCAGAGUGGUGCAUUAUACGCGCUGCUGAUGUGCGUGACGGGAUGCGCUUGUUGCUUAUCGUGCUUCUAUCGGUCUAAAAUGAGGCAACAGUAUUUGCUGCACGAGUCCCCCUGUGGGGACUGUUUGGUUCACUGCUUUUGUGAGUCGUGCGCCCUCUGCCAGGAGUAUCGUGAGCUUAUGAAUCGUGGCUUUGACAUGACCAUUGGAUGGCACGGCAAUGUGGAGAGGCAGAAUCGCGGGGUCGUUAUGGCUCCGAUCUCUGAAUCGGGCAUGAGUAGAACUGAUGAUAAGCAAAAAGGCAAAGCAGUUGUGCAACCAAAAGUAGCUGAUAAGAAAAAAGGCAAAGCAGCUGUGAAACCAAAAGUAGCUGAUAAGCAAAAAGGCAAAGCAGUUGUGCAACCAAAAGUAGCUGAUAAGCAAAAAGACAAAUCAGAUGUGCAAGAAGAAGCUGAUAAGCAAAAAGGCAAAUCAGAUGUGCAACCAAAAGUAGCUGAUGUUACUGUUAUGGAAGAAGAUUUGGACCAGCUUAUUGAUAAUUUUCAUGAGGAAAGCACAGAUGAGGAGUAUAUUCCAGAAGAAGAAAGUUCUGAAUCAGAUGGAUUGAGUGGAGAUGAAUUAGGAACUGAUGAUGAAGAAUACUUUGAAGCAAGGAGAAGAAGAGCUGCCUCCAAAGUUGCAGAUAAAGAAACUGAAAACUUUGCAUUCUCUUCUGAAACUGGCAUCCAGUCUAUGAGGGAAGAUCAGUCUGAUUAUGCAGACUCAGAAGAAGAGGUUUAUUCUGAUUCUUCAAGCUCAGGAGGGUUUAGUGGAGAUGAUGAUGCGCAUGACGUCCUACAUCAAUUUCUUACCGGAUGGGAGCCUCCUACCAAAGAAGUUGAAGGGGUGAAACACGAGAAAAAUGAAGCUGAAUAUAGUACAGGUGAGAGCUCGUCGCCCAACUUCAAUUCAAAAGCACUCAAUGCAAUUUUUGGCACGAUCGAUGAGAACAUGUUUCGCUUAAUUAGCACGUGCACUACUGCCAAAGAUGCAUGGGACACCUUGCAACGUCAUUGUGAGGGUUCAAAGAGUGUUUGUCAAACGAGGUUGCGACUCCUUGCAGCAAAAAUCGAGACAAUUCGGAUGCUCGAAAAUGAGAACAUCUCGUCAUACACGGCCAAGUUGAUGAAUAUUGCGAACGAGUGCUACUCUCUUGGAGAACCGAUCUCGAAUGAAAAGCUCGUGGCGAAAGUAAUGAGAUCUCUUCCAAAGCGCUUCAACAUGAUGAUCACGGCGCUUGAUGUCUCGAAGAUUUGGGGGCGAGGGUUUUUUCUUUCGGAGGAAGCGAGACCGUCAAUGUUUUGA